CGUCAUCACACUUCCUGCGCACGUGUAGUCCACAUUAACUGUAGUUGUGUUCCUAGGUAGCUAGCUAGCUCUAUGAAUAGCUUAUUUUAGUUACUUAUUAAUGUAUUGAUCAUCGUAUUCGAACUUCGAGGCGAGGCUGCACGGUAAGUUGAGAUCAACAACGUUGACGUAAAUGUAAGAAACGCUUGUGCAAAGCGUGACUAACCCACAUGCUAGCCACUUAGCUAGCUAGCUAACUAACGUUACCCAGUGUCAGCAGGCAGUGCCUAUCCUACGGCUAGCUAGCCUCUAUCUAUGUUCGGAUGACGGAGCGUAGAGGCUAACGGUUAGCUAACUGCUAUGUUUGUUUUUGCUACAGCUCUCUGCAAAAAUGACCACAUGUGAUCUGAUAAUAUGAUUGUCCUGAACCCAUUUAUCAACAUAAAUCUAUUCCAGGCCAUCUGAUCUGUCUGGACACGUGAGGUGGAGAGGAUGAACAUCGAGGAGAAUAAAGUGAAUGAGGAUAUGGCUGAUAAUGAUGAUGAAGAGUCUGGAGAAGUGCCCAAGAUUGAAUCAGAUGAAGGUGAGGAUGACGACAACCCAGAGGAUGAUGAUGAGGAACUUAAAGAACAGGCUGAAGGCGAUCCCAAAGAGGAAAAGGUGUCAAUAGGCAAGAAGUGUCUGCCUGGAAUAGUGUAUUUAGGUCAUAUACCACCAAGACUGAGACCCAAGCAUAUGCGCAACAUGCUGAGUCUGUACGGGGAGAUUGGAAGGAUAUUCCUACAGCCUGAAGGUAAGACUGCACUCACUCUGCAUGUUAAAAUCAACCCUGACACUGUCUGACAGGAUUUCAAUGUUUUGUCUCAAUCAUCAUUACAAUGUUAUCUGUUGUCCUCAGACCGGUCUGUGAAGAGGAGGAAGAAGAAAGCAGGCUCCAAGGCAUGCAGUUUCACUGAGGGCUGGGUGGAGUUCAGGGACAAGAGAGUGGCCAAGAGAGUGGCAGCUAGCCUCCACAACACACCGAUGGGCGCCCGGAAAAGGAGCCGUUUUGUCAGUGACCUCUGGAACAUCAAGGUAUCUCAAUAUUCUCUUCAAUGAUCUCUGUGUGGACAUUUUAGUGUAACUACAUUUAACUUUGGUAGUUUAAAGCACUGUCGUAACACGCAUGCCACACGUCCCUUAUUAAUAGAAACUUUAAUACCAACAUUUAUUUUAUUUUUGUUGAAAUUUUUACUGUCAGAAUAAUUAUUCUGACUCUAAUUGUCCAUUUUAUUGUUCAGUACCUCCACAGGUUCCAGUGGUGUCACCUGAGUGAGCGACUGGCCUAUGAGAUGACUGUGCUCCAGCAGCGCCUCAGAACUGAGAUCUCUCAGGCCAAACGAGAAACCAAUUUCUACCUGGCCAACGUGGAGAAGAGCCAGAACAUGGACAAACUGAGGAAGAAGAGGGAGCGGAAGGGUGAGAAGAUAGAGGAGAAGACGUGGGACUUCACCCAGCGACGUACAGAGGAUGAGAUCCAGAUGAGUCGCCUCCGUAAACAGACCAUGUCCAAGAAGAACCUGCUGAAGGCCCAGGACAAGGCCAGGGACAUACAGCAGAAGUCCCAGUCGAACGUCUCUCUGCUGGCCAAGAUCUUCAACAGCAGCAAAGCCAAGGACUGAACCCAUCCCAGCAGUCUUGGCAAACACAGGAUCCCAGGACUUGUCUCAUUCAGUAUCACAAUUAGAGCAUCCUUUUGCCCCUGACACUUGCUGGUGUUGUGAGCGACACUGAGAAGAUGGGCUCUAUCCAGACACAUACAGACUCACAGGGAAAAAUAGGGUUUUCUCCAUCAGUGUAAUUUGAUUAUAAUUGUAGGAGAGACUUGGACAGGUCCUCUUUUUGAUUUAAUGCAUUGCAAACUAUAAGCUAUGAUGCAGUAAUAAUAUUUUCAGCAUCAUGGAAAACACGUGCUCAUACUGUAUGUGCUAUUUGUAAACAUUUAGUAAAAAUAUUUAAUGGAAAUAACUCAAUCAUUAUUUCAUUUAAUUAGUGUAAAGAUAAACACAAACCAUACAUACGCUGAACAAAAAUAUAAACGCAACA